CUUUGACUUGGACUCGUAGCAUCUGCCAAUAUGGACACACCAUCGAGCUACUUGCCUCUCAUCUUGACGACCAUUGGCUUGGCGGCAGUAGUCGUGUACUCCCUGUCAUACUAUGGGCGGCUGAAAUCGCAGUCGUGGUAUGUCACAGUCGUUUCACUCAUUGGUUGGUUUUCUCCUUUCUGGAUAGUGUUUCUAUUACCGCUAGAUCUGGCGUCCACUCGAUACGAAAACUGUCAAGGAACAUGCAAAGUUCCUUUUGCUCUCGUUUCUCAACAGUUUCUAUAUGUUGCUUGGCGCACUAUAUACUGGAUUUCAUUUUGCUUGACAUGGGCCAUCAUACCUCUCCUACAAGCCUAUGUAAAUGCCGGAGAAUUUACAGUGGCGGCUAAAUUUCGGUACGCAAUCAGCAUCAACCUCAAGUUUUAUCUCGUAUAUGCUGUUGUAGCGAUCAUUGGUCUUGUAUAUCUAAUCAUAGGAAACGGGUACACCACAAGGGACAAACUGCAAGGCUACGUUAUGGCUAUGGCAAAUAGUUGGGGUCUCUUACUAGCAAUUAUCUUUAUGGGAUACGGGCUGGUUGCUAUACCCAGAAAGCUAUGGUAUGCGGCAAAUGUCAGGAAGCAACUGAAGCAUUUAUAUAUACGAGCACCGAAGGUGAAGGAAGAAUGCAUGGACAGCGAGCUGGAAUACACAGAUAUUGCAAAGACCAUCCGUAAAGUUGAUCACAAAGUGCACUCGGAUGACCCUCUGCUGCGACAUGCUGUUGACCUGAUAUUGAAGCGAUUUCCAGCAGUACACGACGUUGAGAUGAGAAACACGUUCCGAUCAACCACCAUACCAAGACAGUUGACAGAAGACUAUCUUGUAGAUUUGAAUCAGCGUAUGAUCAAAGCUACACGUAUGCGAGACAGAAAGUUAGCGUUAUGGAACAACCUUAUACGAGAUGCGUUUUAUCUGCAGGACAUCAUUGCCAACCAGGAUAGCUUGGAUCACCACUUUUAUUCCACAGUACGUCCUUUGAGCGAAGGAACUACUCUGACGGACAUCAAAAUUCGUCUGGAAUGGUGGUGGUCAAUUCGAAUCAAACCCAUACUGGCGCGCACUUUAGCUAUCUUGUGUGCGAUGAUAAGCGUAUGCGUCAUCUGGUCUGAACUGACCUUCAAUGUACGACAACCGGUUCUGUCUAUUGUCGCCAUCGCAUUGCGUGCGUGUGGACUGAACUAUGCUGCAGUUGAGGUUAUGUCAUUCUUGACACUUACAUAUAUGUGCCUUUGUACAUAUACUUCCCUGUUUAGACUCAAGGUCUUCAACCUCUAUCUUCUUGUUCCUAAUCAUCACACGGAUGAGAACAGUAUGCUGUGGUUCACUGGAUACUUGUGUAGGAUGAUGUAUGUUUUCCUUGAUUUUUUGAAGGAUGCUCCACCUCUGUCGUACUAACGCAAAUCU